CACAAUGGACAGUAGUGACCGGUAAUGACACAUGACUGGUGCAGGAUCUUACCCUCAGACAUGCAUGUGGAGGAAGUUGACCUACUGGACUGUGGAUUAUGUUAACAUCUCGUUGCGAUGGCAGUUACAGCCGCUGUAAAACAGAGUGAUACUGCAACACCGCUAUUAUCUCUUGGUUCAUACAAGGUCAGAGCAUUCAGGCUAAUCUAAACUGUGCGAUAUCUUGGAGGAGACUAGACAUUACCCUCCACAAACUCGGGGACAAAGCGGCUGCAUAUCGUGACCGGCUCAGAGCGGCAGCCUCUCUGGUGCCUUCAAACAGGACAUUUGUCUCACUUUAAACAAUUAUUUGGUAGUGCAGUAAAAGCAAUUACCGACAAACGAUAUGUGCUCGGUAAUAAGCAGAGUGAAACCAGUUCAGCGGGCUCUGGCUCUCACGCUUCGCCUCGGAGGAAACACCGAGCGCUCGUGUUACGCUUUGGCCGAGAGCAGGCGCCUCUGUCGCGGCGUGAGUGCUGGCGUUGAACCGCUGCGAGCUCCCAGCAGAUCGUACUGCUCCAGGAUGGCGCUGACCGAAGGACUGCUCUUCAGACAACUGUUUGAGUCUGAGAGCAGCACCUACACCUACCUGCUGGCAGAUACAGAGACCAAGGAGGCGAUACUGAUCGAUCCUGUGCUGGAGACCAUUGACAGGGACCUGAAGCUCAUACAUGAACUGGGGCUCAAUCUAAAAGUGGCAGUGAACACCCACUGCCAUGCGGACCACAUCACAAGCACUGGGCUAAUGAAAAAAAGAUUGGUUGGGCUGAAAAGUGCAAUCUCCAAAUUCAGCGGUGCCACUGCAGAUAUCCUCCUGUCAGAGGGAGACAAGAUCACCUUUGGAAAACAUUAUCUGACAGUGAGAAAUACACCGGGACACACUGAUGGGUGUAUGGCGCUGGUGACAGGGGAUCAGAGCAUGGUUUUUACUGGGGACGCUCUGCUUAUCAGAGGCUGUGGCAGGACAGACUUCCAACAAGGCUGUCCUAAGACGCUCUAUGAGUCAGUCCAUCAGAAGAUCUUUACUCUGCCUGACCACUGCCUUGUCUACCCAGCACAUGAUUACAAAGGUCAGAUGGUGUCUACGGUCGGUGAGGAGCGCAAGUUUAACCCACGCUUGACCAAAAGCCUGGAAGAGUUUGUGAACAUCAUGAAUAACCUGAAUCUCCCCAAACCUAAGAAAAUAGAUAUCUCAGUGCCUGCUAAUCUGGUUUGUGGAGUACAUGAAGUCUGAAUGUCCUGCAAAAAGAAGAAUUUUAAUCAAAUCAACAAAUCAUAGAAUCAGAAUCAGCUUUAAUGGCCAGGUAUGUGUACACAUGCUAUACAAGACUCCCGAUUUUGCACAUAGAAAAGUGAUUAACAUUUACAUGUUUCUAUCUGAGCAGAAUUAACAAAAGAUGUCAUUAUAAAGUGCUUUAUUGUGUGCAUUUAUGUAAAUUAUGUAUAUUUGAAUAGCUGCUAUCAUUUGGAAUACUGACAUCAUUGUGAUGAUGCUUAAAAUAAAAUAAAAUCUAUUUUGACUGAGUGCUAAAGAUCUUGACAUGAGGAAAAACCACUAUUGAUAUAUUUUUUGUAUUUUAAUUAAAUUUAAAUGUGACUGA